UUCUCUCCAUAUUAGGAGAGGCAGAGUAUAUUCAGCGCCUCCAGACUGUGCAUCAUAAUGCAGAUGUCUACCAGGCUGUGUCUAAGCGAAUGCAGCAGGAAGGCUUCCGCCGCACUGAACGUCAGUGCCGCUCCAAGUUUAAAGUCCUGAAGGCACUAUAUUUAAAGGCCUAUGUUGCCCAUGCCACAAGCAUGGGUGAUCCACCACAUUGUCCAUUUUAUGAUACAUUGGAUCAACUUCUCCGAAAUCAGAUAGCGACUGACCCAGACAACUUAAUGGAGGAUACUGCUUGGGCCGAGCACUGUGAUCAGAACUUAGUGGCCUCUGACACCCCAGGGAAAGAGGGAACCAGCAUUCUGAAAGCAAAAAGGACUCAGGCAGCUGAUCAUCAGCCUAUCUUGAAAACAGUUAAGGAAUCAGAUGAGGAUUGUCACCUGAGAAUCAGUGACCGGAUACAAGAAACCAGUGACCUCGAGGACUCCUGGGAUGAAUCCUCGGGUGCAGGGUGCUCUCAAGGGACCCCCAGCUACAGCAACUCCCACAACCUUUUCAGAGGUGCAGUUGCUCCAUGUCAGAGCAGCCCCAUGACCAGACUGGGUGUGUCCAGUGAGCCCAGUCCCUGCACCAGCAGCGGCCGAAACACUCCUGGUAUAGCCUCCACACUGCGGCCUCCAGUCUCCUCCUCCAGAGCUGGUUUUGUUUCUGGUGGGGAUAGGCCUGUGACCAGUGAGCCCCCUCCAAGGUGGGCAAGGCGAAGAAGGCGGUCGGUGGCCAGGACUAUUGCAGCUGAGUUGGCAGAAAACAGGAGAUUGGCACGAGAGCUUUCAAAGAGAGAGGAAGAAAAACUGGACAGGCUGAUUGCUAUUGGUGAGGAGGCCAGUGCUCAGCAGGACACUGCCAAUGAGCUUCGCAGGGAUGCUGUCAUUGCGGUCAGACGAUUGGCGACAGCAGUGGAAGAGGCAACUGGUGCUUUUCAGCUAGGGCUCGAGAAAUUGCUUCAGAGGUUGAUUUCAAAUACCAAAAGCUAGGAACUGAUUACAAAAGAGUAUAUUUCCUAAACUGGUACAAGUCUUGUUCCAACCCCUGCCUUCUGGUACCCUGGCUCCUUUUCUGUGUCUGCAGAGAAGAAAGAGUGGAUGAACCAUUAAUAUGCGGAGUAGUAGGAACAUACUUGCUGGUUCCUUUUCCCAAGAUUUUCCACUAAUCGAAAGACCUUUCAGAAGUGUGAGGGGUGUCUUAGAAUAGAGCCAAGUCCAAGAGAGCUAGUUUGUCCUGGCUUUAUCACUGAUGUAAGGCAAUUUCAUUUACCUCUCUACAACAAUUUCCUCAUCUGUAAAAUGGGGAUAUAGAUAAUAAUUCCUGCCCUGCCUACCUCACAGGGUUGUUGUGAGGAUUAAAUGGCUAAUAGAUGUGAAAGAGUUUAAAAGCACUAUACACAUUUAAGUUAUUAAUGCACACAACCUUGGCUGAAGUAAGGCUAGGGUGAGGCACAUUAGUUUACAAGAUAUAGAAGUAUGGUUGUAUACCAUGACCUCAUUGCUUGAAUCUUUCCUUUACUAGUUUAACUUGACUGUUUCAUGGAGUUGGAGAUCUUAAGUUUUUAAAUCAUUCUGUGGCUCAUUAGACUAGUAUAGGCACAACAUGUAUUUGUACCUUUGUCUCUUAAUAUUUUCACUGCUGUGUCUCUGACUUAUCCACUAGUAAGCACACCUAAUAGUCAAACCAUCUUUCUUUCCUUCACUUUACUAGCUCUUAGUACUCCUACCAAAUAUAAGGAUAUAAUUAAGAGGAGCCACAAUAGUAUGUUAUGGCUCAUAUUGACAGUCUUUGAUAUAGUGAAAUAUUGGCUGUUUUAUAAAAUAUUAAAUGUGAGUACAUUUUUUACAUUUAUAUUAUUUGGGUCCCUUUAUAGGCUUAAAUUAUGUCUUUUAAUUUUGGUUGCCAUUUGAACAUUGUGGAAACAAUUUCGAUUAUAUCAGUUUCUGAUCUGCUUUAAGCUAAUUUUAUUCCUUUUCUGUUAGUGUCUUUUUUUUUUUUUGUCUAGUAUAUUAUAGAGGACAAGCCCUAGAAAACAUUCUUUUUAAGGAACUUUCCAAGGUCACUUUUUCUCAUAUGGCGUAGACAAAAGUUCACGUGGUUAAUGGCAUAUGGUGGAAGAAGCUUUGUUUUCCCUUCAGCUUUGAGAGCACUGGAGGAUGGUGUGGAUAAAGACAGUCUUCAGUGGUGAACUCCUUUUAAGCACAAGUCCUCAACAAAUACACUCCUUGCACACACACAGACUCAGUUCUUUGGGAGAGAUGAAGGCGAUAAGCCACACUUCCAAUUUACUUUAGAAGGGAAGUCAUUACUGGCUACUGCUAAACUAACUUAAACCUUCUAAUGGUUUACUUAGUGCUUUCAGGAAAUACAAAUAGGAAUCUUUGGGAUUUAAAAAGCUUUCCUUCAAUCUAGAAGCUGGGGAAAAAAGUGGGCGUGUUGGGAAAGGUUUUGUUUUAUAUUUUGCAGGCAUGGGUGCUUAGUUAGCUACAUGCUAGAAUUACAAAUGGGUGGAGCUGUGGUCAAAACAGCAGUGGGACCAUACCUGGAACCCUGAAUAGAUGCACGCAAGCUGCUCUGAUGAAUGAGUGAGGGAUGUGGGAGGCAGGUGGCGUGGUAGAAUACACUGGAAUCUAGUUAUAACUCCGGGAUUCUAAUCCUGUCACAGUUGGUUUCAUUAGGCAAAUCACUUGUCCUUUUUAUGCCUUAGUUUCUUUAUUUCUAAAUUCAGAGAUUUUUUGUUGUCGUUGUUUGUUUUAGAGGCUGGUCAGUAUGCAGAUCUGAACCCUUGACCUUGGUGUUUAAAUUGAGGGAUUUGUGCUAGAUGAUUUUUUUCUAGUACUUUCCAGUUUUAAAAUAUUUUAAAUAGCAUAAUUUAAAAAGGCAAAAUGAAAAUGGAAGUUUAAUUGUAAUAUUUUCAGUCACAGCAGCAUAUUAAUGUAUGUUUGAAAUACUGGUAACAAUUAUAAGGAAGCAUUCUAUGAUAUUAGUAUUUAUUAACAUACUUACAAACUGAGUACCACACCAGACAUACAGAUUUCUUGCUUUAAAGGAGCAGAUAUUAAGACAUCGAAAUGGAUACAUAUAUAUACGUUGUCGUAAUUGUUUUAGGCCAUUAUAUGGAAGGAUGUGUAUCAGUUAUUACUGGAUAAUGCUAAUGUAGAUAGUAGAUUUUCUGGAAAAACAGAGACGUACUUGAAGGAAAGUUAGACCUGUACUAUAUAAAUCUAUUAAUGGUAGCAAAAUACAUAGGCAGAGAUUUAUUUGAGAUGAGAGAAGUGCUAAGGAACAGAAGUUUGGAGGUAGUAUUGGGAAAAUCUAAUGGGUAAAGUUACCUUAAUAUGGGGAUAGAACUCCAGGGAAAGGUCCUGAAGAAGUGAACAGAAAAACAGGCUAAAAACAUUAAGGGGAGGGAAGUUGCAACAAGUAGAGACUGUGCAAGAAAGCAAACCAGGAAUCCCGCCUACGCCCAAGGCCCCACCGCUACUACCUGCACCACCUGAGACAAGUCUCGCCAUUCUGUAACUCAGGCUCUUUAUCUCUGCAGUGGGAAGCUGACCAUUGUCCUACCUACCUCACAGGGCUGUUGUGAGGAUCAAAUGAGCAGUUGAAUGUUAAAGUGCUUGUAGAUGUGUAAGGCUCUAUCAUGUAACAGGAGUGGGGAAGAAGACCCUGUAGCACAUGAGUACUGGCGUGUGCCGGGCACAUGGGCCCGCUGACUGUGCGAGAGAUUUGAGGAGGAGGAGAAAAUGGCAUUGCUGGCAAAGGUUGUGAUACAGUCAACUCUGCCGCCUGAGGACCAUGAUGUAAAUGAGGUGCUGUGUGUAUCAGCCUCCCACCACCAUCGUUUUUCUGUUAACUAAUUUAAUCCCUGUGUGGACAAAUAAAGUUUCUACUUGUAUGUA